AUGCAGCCGGUGGCCGCGCCUCCCCAACGGCAGCUGAUGCCCAUACCGGACGAGCAGACGUCGCUUGUGGAGGGGGACACCUGGAGUCUCCUCAACUCCACGCCGGGAGCUGUGGAGGCUGCCGGCGGGCGGCCCUUCCCCUGGGUGGUCACUUUAGCGAGCGUCCUCAUCUUCACCAUAGUGGUGGAUAUCAUCGGAAAUCUGCUGGUGGUCAUCUCCGUGCUCAGGAACAGGAAACUCCGAAAAGCAGGAAACGCCUUUGUGGUGAGCCUGGCGCUGGCCGACCUGCUGGUGGCCGUCUACCCCUACCCCCUGGUGCUCGCGGCCAUCUUCAACGACGGCUGGGUCGCCGGCUACCUCCAGUGCCAGAUCAGCGGCUUCCUGAUGGGCCUCAGUGUCAUCGGCUCCAUCUUCAACAUCACCGGCAUCGCCGUCAACCGCUACUGCUACAUCUGCCACCGCCUCCGGUACGACGCCGUGUACUCCGGCGGCAACACCGUGUGCUACGUGCUGCUGGUGUGGGCGCUCACCGUCCUGGCCAUCGCGCCCAACUGGUUCGUGGAGUCGCUGCGGUACGACCCGCGCGUCUACUCCUGCACCUUCGCCCAGUCCGUCAGCCCGCUGUACACCGUGGCGGUGGUGCUGGUGCACUUCGUCCUGCCCAUCGCCGUCGUCUCCUACUGCUACCUGCGCAUCUGGACCCUGGUCAUCCGGGCGAGGCGACGGGUCAAGACCGACGCGCGGCCCAGGAUCAAGCCGCACGACGUCCGCGGCUUCCUCACCAUGUUCGUGGUGUUCGUGCUGUUUGCCGUGUGCUGGGCGCCCAUCAACCUGAUCGGCCUGGCGGUGGCGCUCGACCCCCGCCUGGGGCCGGCCGUCCCCGAGUGGCUGUUUGUGGCCAGCUACUUCAUGGCGUAUUUUAACAGCUGCCUCAACGCCGUGGUGUACGGCGCGCUCAACAGCAACUUCAGGAAGGAGUACAAGCGCAUCGUUAUCAUCAUAUUCAAGUUCCACUGCUGACGGUGGGGGGGAGGUCGUAGACACCUAUGAGGAACAGAUGAGAUACUUUGGUUUACAACGAAAGGAGUAUGAAAGGAAAUAGGAAAGGGGAUUUAUGGGAAUUGAGAAAGGAAAAGAGGAAUCAAGGGGAAUGGGAGAGAAUAACGGAUAGAUUGAAUUUGAGAAGAGGACGGCGGAAAAAAAGGAGGAUAUGGUCGGGCUGUACCAUGAGAGAAAGAGAAGGAAAAUAAAAGAAUUAUUCUUAAGCUCUUUCUUCCUCUCCCCCUUUUGCGUCUGCAUCACAGGGAGAGGGUGGUGGAGGCGGUGUGUACUACUUUACCUACAUUAUCUGCCAGUAUGAAUAUGGGCUCAUGCAUGGACCGCAUGCCACUCUUGUAUUUAAAAGAGAUUCCAAUAAUGGGACUUUGCUAUGGAAACUGAAUCGUCAUGAAGCCCUUGUCCCUGCAAUGGUGUGCAGUUUCACAUCAGUAUCAAGGAGAUA